AUGUUCUCAUGGUUGGAAGUGAGAAAUUCGUGGAUUUCUCUAAUAUCCUGUAUGAGCAGUUCCCACUUCAGGAGGGGGGAUAAUUAUUUGUUAUAACGAAAAAUCAGAAGAUGUUACUAUCUCUGAGGUAUUAAGGACUUCCGCCAUAGAGAUGGCAAGGUCUAGAGCGAAGCCACUUAGAACCCGUCCAGAAUCCUAGCCAAUGGGGGGGUUUCAACUGGUGCCGGAAGCUCGGGCCCUUUGCCACCCCAGCCGUAGACUCUAUGAACCUGGUGUCACCGGAAGUUCAGCAGCGCCUGGCACGAAGAUGGUGAGGUUUAAGAACAGGUACUUCCUUUGUGAGAUCGUCUCUGAAGACCCUUGCUGUCUGCAGCUCAUUGAGGAGCGCACAGUGCACAACACAGUGAAAAAUGCUGUUGCACGAAUUCACGGAGACUUUGGACUAGCCUGUUGCUCUAUUGCUUUUGCAGUAAAGUAUCUGAAUGCCUACACGGGAGUAGUUCUUUUGUGUUGCCGGAAGGACUUUUAUCGGCUCCUUGGUUCAUCUCUUCCAUUUAUCACACACCUGGAGAACAAGAACCAGCAUUACCCCUGUUCCUUUAACACACUACAUGUUGGAGCUACAAUACGGACAUGCCAGAGAUUCCUAAUUCAGUACAAUAGGGACCAGCUGCUCCUGCUGUUGCGUAAUUGCUCCAGUGAAGCAGACAGACAAGCCAUCCUGAAAUCAGUGCAAAGCUGUACGCUUGCGGGAGGGCAGCCGUUUCAGAAUGAAGAAGAAGACAGCGACGUCAGCACUGAGAUGGCCUGAACAAGCAGCACCCUGGAGCCUCUUGUAGGACAAGGCCAUUUCAAUGAACGAUUCUUGCUGGCAAGAAUCAAUACAUCUCCUCAGUCCCUUUUAAAGCCGUUGCUGUAUACGGCAAUAAAAUUAGGUAAAGCAAAGUUACUUUCACGUACAUUUAAUUUGUAGGAUGACCCCAGUGAAGACUUGUGCAUACCACUGUUAACAUAAAAUGCUACCACUUAAGAUCAUUUUUACAACUAUAUCUAUCCUCUACUAACCGUAAUGCUUUCUUGGGAGAACAGUCGUCCUGCUGCGGUUUGCAUGCAAUAGACCUGCAAAAACAUUCGGUAAGAGCACAGAAAGCUGCUGUUUCAGGAGUGUGCUCCUUGCCCCUGGGAUAAUACCUAAAGUAACUCUCUGCUGAUAAUUUAAAAUGCCAUACCUAACUUUCACAAGUUAGCUGAAAACAGUUUGCAUCUGUAUUAGAAUUGCUUUUUCAUAUUUUUUUUAAUAUGUUUUUAACCCUUUUUUAAAAGAUGUUUUUAAAGCUUUUUUUAAAAAUGGUUUUAACGUCGUUUUGUUUUAAUGUAUUUUAAGGUGUGUUUUUAUGAUGUUUUAAAGUGUUCUUUGCGUUUCUGUUUACUGCCCUGGGCUUCUGCUGGGAUAUAAAGCAAAUAAUAAAUUAAAUAAAUAAAUAAAAAGAGCAGCCACCAAG